CCACUUUCAAAUACGCAAAAAAAAAAACAGCUAUUCUUCAUACUUUCAGUCAAUUCUCUGUUCAUCUAACAACACUUACACUCACACAUUUCCGCCAUUGAAGCAAACAAGCCGCCUCCAUGUCUUCCAAUCACAGUGCACCCGCGAGAAACUUGAGAAAAACCGAUCUUGGUGCUGUUAUUUUCGGAGCUACACACCACACAAUCAAUGAAUGUCUUUCUCGUCAUUUGUUCGGCUUGCCAGAGGGUCACUAUUCAUACAUAAAGAACAUCAAACAAGGGCUUGUCCUAUUUCUUUUCAAUUACAGUGAUCGCAAACUUCAUGGGAUAUUUGAGGCUGCAGGUCCCGGUCAACUAAACAUUGACCAGUAUGCAUGGGUCACUAAUGAAGAAAACACCGGAUACACUAGGUAUCCUGCACAGGUCAAGAUCUGUAUCAGAAAGUUAUGUCAUCCGUUGUGUGAAGAACAAUUUCAACACAUUAUUGCGCAUAACUACUAUGAGAGUAAACACUUCCAUUUUGAGUUGGAUCGUGAUCAAACCGGCAAGCUAGUGUCAUUAUUUACAUCGUCGCCAAUGAAUUCUAGUUUUUCAACAAAGUGGAACAAUCUUUACUCCUGUUUGCCCGCAACUCCCAAACGACAAGAAUACAACGCUCAUGUAUCACUAGAAGUGACCAAUCUAAGGCAGCCUGAGAACCCGAACCAGACCUCGAAAGUUUCAUAUGCUUCGGUUCUUAGCAGAACUAAUACUACUAUUGCGCAUCCGUCUAAAAAAUGUGAAGUUGAACAUGGUCAAACCUCGUACUUGAGUGGUCAACAGACUCAGAUUGAGGAAAAUCAUGAGAAAGACGAUUCUUUAGAGACUUCCACUAAUCUACAACCAUUGGUGGCUAAGUUAAUACAAGAAUUUGAAGUGAUGAAAGGAUAUGAAAUGAAGCAGAAUGUGAAAAUCAGUAGGCUAGAGCAAGAAUUGGAUACAUCAAAACAGGAAAUUCAGCAGCUUAGAAGCCGAGUUGGUUUUUUGGAAUCGGUAUCAAGCUCGAUUGCAGACCUUGUCAAACUUGUCGAUAGCUAGGAUACAUCAAGAUCUAAUGAGGUUGAAUGCUAUAGAAGGGAAGUUGGAGGGAUGUGGUUGUUAAUAUGAAAGCAAUUGGAAAAAAAGGGUCAUUGAUUGAGUUUUUGUUAGUACAUUACUCAAUUGAAAAAAUAUUGCCUUAGUUCUGUUAUUUCUAUUUUUUAAGUCUUGAUCUGGUUAUCUUGUAACUGGAAUAUAUCUUUUUGGAACUACCUUGCUGUAUAAAUCUAAUCCAAAACGAAAACUUUGAUACGA